AACGUUGAAGGGUCUACUUUCUCUGUCAAGUGGACUUUCUUUAUUUCUAUUUUCACUGAUGCAAGUUGAAAAGUAGUCUCCGAUAUUAACUAUAAAUAAGAGAGCAGAUAUGCGGGUAAUUACCCACAGUAAUCGGUGCUGCCCUUUUACCUGACAACUCACUGAGUCUAACUCACAUCCUGUCUCCGCGGGAUUAUGUUGCCGUGCUGGUUGUAACUCUCUGCAUCGUAGCGAGCCAAUCACAAGGAACUCCUCUGGCAAUGUUACUCAUUCGCUAAUAUUAUCGUCUCAAAGUUUGUGUAUGGUAUUUCUCAUAUCAUCUCAUACGAAACCUGUCACUGAAAUCGCUUGCGCCUUAUUGACUGAACAUAUUACAUGUCAUGUGGUCUUGAUGUGUCCUGUCACCUACUCCUGCUUGAGCAGACACCAGCACUAUCGCUAAGGCACUGUGGACAUAUGUAUUUCCACCAGCCAAUGAUCCAACUGAAAGGAAUGUGCAGGUCAUUUCGCGUGAUUGCUUUUGUUUGUUUUAGUUUUUGAUGUCCGUCACCGGAUUUAACCUCAUCAAAGGACUAAUUGGCAGCUCCGUUUCACUUUCAAACGUUUCCGAAAUAAAUUGAAUAACGGAAUUACCGUGCUGCCGUCCCCGGAAGGAUUGCAGAACGAGAUGCGUGUCAGUGGAUACUUCACCGCGUCUUGGAAGUCUCUGACUGUGAUGUCGUUCAGACUGCUCUUCCUUCUCCCUGCAGGUUUGCCCGUCCACAGCCAAGGGGAUUCCCAGUCCGAUAAUAAAGUGAUGGACAAUAUUACCGUCAGGCAAGGAGAUACAGUGUCUCUCAGCUGCGGGCAGGGAGACCUGGUGACACACUCGGCGUGGCUGAACCGAUCGAGUAUAAUGUACGCCGGGGAGGACAAGUGGUCCGUGGACUCACGCGUCAGUCUGGUCACCCUCAACCAGGACGAGUUCACCAUCAAGAUUGAGAACGUGGACAUGACAGACGAAGGCCAGUACGUAUGUGCCGUGCAGACGCGCAGCAAGGCAACAACAACAUCUGUUCACGUCAUUGUUCAAGUACCUCCAAAGAUCACAAGCUUGUCCAAGGACCUCGUGGUCAACGAAGGCUCCAAUGUUAGCCUGAUCUGCGCCGCCAGUGGAAAGCCAGAUCCGAGCGUUAGCUGGAAGAUCAUCUCCCCAUCAGCCCAGAGUCUUCCAUCAGAGGACGAGUACCUGGAGAUCCAGUCCGUCUCGAGACAGAGGGCUGGGACAUACGAGUGUACGGCCAUAAACGACGUGGCCACAGACAUCCAGACGGUGGAGUUAACAGUCAACUAUGCUCCUAGCGUGUCCGAGGGCAAAGACGUGGGUGUGACCCUGGGUCAGCAAGGUGUUCUGCAGUGCGAAGCAGACGCCGUGCCAUCGGCUGAUUUUGAGUGGUACCGAGACGACAGAAGAAUCUUCAAUAGCUUUGACGGUAUUGAGAUUGAAGACAGUGGAGCUCUUUCAAAGCUGACUUUUUUCAACGUCUCGGAGGGCGACUAUGGCAACUACACUUGUGUUGCCAUGAACAAGCUUGGCAGCGCGAACACAAGCAUUGUACUGUUUGUGGUAAUUGAGCCCACCAGCUCAACCCUAUUGCAAGAAACAACCUCAACUGUUUUAGAACAGACUGGCUCUGAAAGCCAUACAGAGUCGGAAGGACCCGAUGCAGUUCAGGACGGGAACAGCGCAGCCAGGGCGGCCCUCACAUCGACCUGCCUGCUGGUCCUCGUUGCUCUACAGCUUCUCCUCAAGUUUUGAUGCCACACGGAGUGUAUUUCCCAAGGGGCAGUAAUUAUGCGUUAAUGCGUGUUUUUUUUCUAACCCCGAUACAGCAUCUGUUGCAGUGGUUGUGCAGGGAGAGGGAGAGAGCGAUUCGGCCACCCAAUUAAAAAUUUUAACGGAAGUGAUAUGCAGUGAAAUUGUUAGUUUUUGGUUCAAUAAUUCCCUCGUGUUCUGUUGUUUUGCCCCUUUUUGAAAUCUGUAAUCUUAUGGAAGUAUUUGUUUGCUCUAUAACUAAAGUUUAAAACAAGGUUUUUUGCAUAAUUUCAUGUAUAAAAUGACCAAGAACUGGUCAACUGGCAAAGGAACAAAAGGAUUUAAUCCCGAAAGUUUAACUUGUCAUUGCACCAAACAGUUUGUACUGUACGUCUUAACAAUCAUUCUAAGAUAUUUAGAAUGUAGAACGGAGUUGAUUGAGUUUUACCAAUAGGGUUUGUAAAUUAUUACACAUUAAUUUUAAUUGUGCUAUAGUUUUAGCAUUGGGCAUCAUGCAUUUUUUUGUAAUUCUUAAUAACUGGCUGUAGUCAGUUUGCCCAUUGCAACUAAAACGGAUUACCUAAAGUGUGGCACCUCGAGAUACUGCAGUGAUAACAUAUCGUGCAUGAAAAGGCUGAAAAUAUUUUGUUGGCAGGAAGUACAUUUAACGUGUAUUUUCUUGUAAAUUAUUGCAAGAGGGUUUUUAUGUUUUGUUUUCUUUCUCUGUUAUCAUGGUGGAACAUUAUUUUACAAUGUAUUUAAGGUCAGCGUGUGCAUAGACCCCUAGUUCACAAAGAACUAACUACUGUCAUCUCAGGGCUUUGGGAUCAGGUCCAUUCCAAGAGUAACAUACUGUAUUUUUUUUUCAUUAUGUGGAUCCCUCAAGCCUAGCCCAAAGAAUUAGAAGUUAAUAGAUAACUUAAUACUGUAUAGUACCACUGAGGGGCAGAUGUAAUAUCACGUUAGUGCCCGUGUUAGGCGUAAUUUUUUUUGCAUCGUGCGUCGCUAAAUAUGGCAUGGUAUGUACAAACGGAGUCUUGGGCAAAAUGAUGGGAGAAGAAGCACAAGGAGUGACUUGUUACAUUAGAUUACAUGACAUUACAUAUUCAGUUGUAUGUAUGAACACUGCGUGGGGGGGGGGGGGGGCUGUUUUGUGGUGAAAUUCUCCCCCCUUUAAAAGCAGGUGUAGUCCAGAUUGCACAUAAGAUGUGUGAAUAGCAGAAACUUCCAGAAACAAUGAAAGUCGUAUUCUGAGCACCACUCUUACUCAUUUGUACCAUGUUCAAAGCAACCUUUACUUUUGUUUGCCUUGUUAUGUAUUGCUAUCUCUUUUUCACUUCAUCUACUUCCCUACGUGUAGAUGCCUACUACACUAUUGACUUUGUUUGGUGUAGCCGUACAAAUGAUCAGGGCAGGUUUUCCUCAAGCCUUCUGUAUUCUACACCAUUCAUAGAUUGUACCUUAGUGUGUACUGUAAUGUUUUAAGGUGUUGCCCAGAACGUAAACUUUCUCUAAGAGAUACUCUCCUGAGGUUGGUCUAGAUCACUCUUAACUAUACCUUGACACAGUUAAGUAAAACAAAUGUUUUAGAGCCUAAAAAUGUUGUGUCUGGACGCACUGAUUGCAAUCUAAGAUCAACAUAUGUGUUGCAUUACAUUUUGUGCUUCACUUGCGAUUGCAAAUCUCUGAAUAACAUCUAGCCAACAGACGUCCUUAUAUGGAAACUUAAAAAAAAAAGAAUUGACUUGCAUAGUAUUUCUUCUUUCUAACAUCUAACAUAAUCACCUGCACUCCAAUUUGAGUUAUGCCCAUCAUACUCAUCUCGUGCAUGCUCAAGCCUAUGUGAAUGACAAUAAUUGAUGCCAGAAACAUGGAUUCGACAUGGACAAGGUGUACAUAGGAAGGUUUCUCUAAGAGGAACUCCUAAGAGAUGGUUUGGGAAACAUGCAUAGAAAAGUAAACAACUUUAGUAAGGUAUACCUUUCAAGACAUCGUAAAAUGCUAAGAGACACCAUUGUAGGGAACCUAGCCCAGUGAGUAUUUCUUUGCUUAUUUGAGUGGUGUAGAAUUACUGCCCUGUAUUAUCUCUCUGUUUGAUGACAUAUUAUUAACAUGUAUAUCUAUUUCCUGAUCGCUAAACCUUCGAUUCCUUUUAAUGUCGUUUCGGCGGUUCCAUGAGUCCAUUCAGUUGCCCCCAUGAUUGAAUGAUACCACAAGUUAUAGUUAGAGGGCGGUGACAUGCAUUGAUUACGGUAUCAGCCACAGGUUUAGUACAUUCAACGUGAAAUGAAAAGAUGAAUAACGUACGCUUUCUGCGGACUGGCCAAGUCGCUAUUUGUGCUGCACUCUCUAACGUACGUAUAUCUGCCCCUCAGUAUUUCACAUUAAUGCACACUGUAACAUACGAUAAUGUCUCUUUCAGUUGACCAUAUUUAUAUGAGUUUUUUUUUCUGAAAAAAAAAAACAGUGCAGCAUAUGUCAUCUAAGCCCAAUUAAAAUUGUGCAAAAAUAUGCAAGACUUCUGGGCACAUUUUAAGAUGCAUCUUGUACCAUUGUAAUGCAACAGAAAUGUUUAGGUUCGGUUCUCGUUCCUCUGUUUGAAGUUGAGUAAUGCAUUUCUAUUUACAUGUUACAGUUCAGUUGAUAAAGUUGAUGCACAGUAUGUCACAUCAUAAACAUCUCACAUGUUCUAGAAGGCUAAGGGACGGGGGUCUUUUAGACCAAGUAGACCACAAAUGCUACUGAAACCUAUGGCUUACUGGAUUGACUUCAAUUCGAAGAGGUGUGUUUUUACAAUAUAUAGAAAGCAGACACUCCAUUUGUCACCACUUAAACUACACACCACAUUUUUUUCACAAGUAUUCAUCACGUAUCCAUCAAGUAUUUAUCAGUAAAAGGUCUUAAAUCAAACAAUCAUUCCUGACAACAAAAUGAAGGACACUACAUUUCUUUCUUGACACAGCUGUUCAGUGAAACGUCUAGUCAUUCCAAGCACAAACAUCCUGGCAGUGCCACUCACUGCAAUGGCACCUUUCAGGGCAUGCAAAUCAGAUGGCACAUAGAUUAGCACACGAACAUGCUAGCGCUACUAUAAUACUGAUCUGAUGCACUAGCAUUCAUCCAGCCGUUUAUCUCGCCAUGGGAAUGCUUGUACCAUAUGUACGUCAGAUGCAUACAACACAGAGAAUUAAAAACUAACUCAUUUGAGAUGUGUUAACUGUGCCCACGAUAAAGACCUCCCCAAGGCCAUUUGCAAUUGGGGGAAAAGUAGUUUGAAUGACAGUGUCCCCUGUCUCUAAAUAUCACACGGAGGCAUAAUCUUAGGAGUUGACAGACCCAUGGGCUCCCAGACACAUUCAUGAAGGUAAAUUUGAUCUGGUUGUUUGUACAAAAAAUCUACCAAAAGCCGCAAUUAUAUGUGAAGGAUGAGGUGUUGGAGUGAUAAAUCCCUGUGGUGUUUGCCGACAAAAACCGAGUGCGGAUUACUAGCGGAGAGGACGAGACACCAGACAGGCUGCACCUGAUAGUCCUUGGGAAUCCUGCCCUCUUUAUGUUCAGACCAGAUGUGCAUAGUAGUGUUAACUUUUAUGUAAAGGAUAUGUGAAGUGAAAUAAUGUUGUGAAAAGGGAAAUAUACAACAAAGAGAGUUUUUACACUUUUGACAGUACUUCUCCGACUAAGAGACUCGGAGUCUGUCGCCUCACACCUCAUUGAGAGCUAGAUCGGUCUGCUUUAGUAGCACACGGCCAUUUUAAACGGCAUCGACUUCACCAUAGCUCAUUUUAAGGGUAUGAACAGCACACCUCUUCAAGAUACAUAUACAUGGGGGGGAAAGGCUUACUAAUAAAGUCCCCCUUUGCAUAUUUUCCAAAGUGAAGAUAUUUGAUUCCCUGUUAUGUAAAAUGAUUGUUGUUUCAUGUUUUUCUCUAUGAAAACUGUGUGUUCAUAUUUAAGACUGACAACAAUAAAAUGUUCUAUCUA